AUGAAAUACUUAGCUGCUUAUUUAUUAUUAGUCAACGCUGGUAACGCUUCCCCAUCAGCUUCUGACAUCAAGUCCGUUUUAGAAUCCGUUUCUAUUGAAGUUGAAGAAGAAAAGAUCUCCCAAUUAUUAGCUGAAGUCGAAGGUAAGAACGCCGAAGAAUUGAUCGCUGAAGGUAACGAAAAGUUAUCCUCUGUCCCAUCUGGUGGUGCUGCUGCUGCUCCAGCUGCUGCUGCCUCAGGUGACGCUCCAGCUGCUGAAGAAGCUGCUGAAUCAGAAGCUGAAGAAUCCGAUGGAGACAUGGGUAUGGGUUUAUUCGAUUAG